CUUCAACAGUCAGUCUCCGGUCUCCGGUCCCCACUUCGGCCCGAACCCCACCCGUCUCUUUGCGCCCGAGCCGGCAAAGGCAAAACGUCAAUGGAGGGGCAACUGCUGCCGUUCCAUUAUCGUUUCGUACCUUGGCUCGUCUUGCCCCUCCUUUCCUGCAGCCCAACAUAAUAAUUUGGCCUUACAGUCCCUCACCAAUCUGAAUCUUCCAUUCCAUCUGGGACACCAGAAUUAACAGAGUUAACAAACGCGCCAAAAUGCACAUUCUCGUGGUCAACGACGACGGCCCGCCGUCCCCGCACUCAUCUCCCUAUGUGCACUCGCUCGUCCGCGAACUCCAGUCCCACGGCCACAUCGUCUCGGUGUGCCUGCCGCACACACAACGCUCGUGGAUCGGCAAGGCGCACAUGAUCGGCCAGACGGUCAAGCCGCUGUACUACCGCCCGCCUCCCCCGUCCGCGCCCGCCGCCGGUCUGAGCCAUGACGACGAUGACCGCCAUCCACCACUCAAUACCUCCACCCAACCCGCCACAGCCCAAGACACGGCCGCCGCCGCCGAACCGCGCCACGGGACAACUCACUCCCGCCCCAGCACCCGGCCGGGGACAGAGGAAUGGAUUCUCGUCGACGGCACGCCCGCCUCGUGCGUCCAGAUCGGCCUAUACCACUUCUUCCGCGACCGUGGGCCCGUCGACCUGGUCGUGAGCGGGCCCAACUACGGCCGCAACACCACCGCCGUCUUCGCCCUCAGCAGCGGCACGCUCGGCGGGGCGCUUGAGGCCGCCGUGUGCCGGCACCGCGCCAUCGCGCUGAGCUAUGCGUUUUUCAGUCGGAACCAUGACACGGUCAUCAUUGGGAAAGCGAGUAGAAGGAGUGUGAGUGUGAUUGAGGCGCUGGUGAGGGAGUGGCCGCGGGAUGGGAGUGUGGACCUGUAUAGUGUUAACGUGCCGUUGUUGGAGAAUCUGGAGGAGGGGAAGGUGCUGUAUACGGGGAUGUUGCAAAACUAUUGGGGGCUGGGGAGCUGCUUUACGGAGGUGGAUGGGAGUGUGGAUGGGGAGGAGGAGGAUGAGGAGAGGAUUCGGAAGGAGGAGGGUGCUGCCGAGGAGGCUGGAGAAGGGGGUGGCAGUGAUGGUGAUGCCCAGAGCAAGCCGGCGUGUCAUACGCAUAAACACUUCAAGUGGUCGCCGAGGUUCACGGAUGUGUAUCAGAGCGUGGAUGAGGCGCCGCCGGGAAAUGAUGGGUGGGCGGUUAAGGAGGGGCAUACCAGUGUCACGCCGCUCAAGGCCAACUUUUUCCAGGCCGCUAUGCAGAUGCACGGCAAGGAGUUGCAAUUGGGCCCUUCAAGGAGCUCAACGUUUGGAGCUGUGCCAAAGUCGUCAAAGCCAGAUGAAGCCACGUCAGUCGCGAUCCGAGAAACGGGGAAGCCUCAAGUCUAUGCCUUGAUCGAAUACGCCGACGACUAUGUUCAGCCCCUGAUCAUGUCAGCGCUCAAGUCUCUCCUGCCACCAGAGAGCUAUACCCUCCUCAAGCUGCCCUCCGCGUCAUCUCCAGACAUCUCCCUGGCGGAGCUCGUUCCCGAGGUCAACGCCAAGGUCCUCCAGAUUAUGCCUUACGAGAGCAUCGACUUUGAUUAUGCCGCCGCGCACCCCGGAACAAGCCUCAUCAACAGCUACGUGAUCCGCAAGGCGCUGAUUCGGAAGCACUUCCUCUCGGCAACUGUCGAGAACUGGGUGGCGAAGCACCCGAGCUCGGUGCUCAAAACCCACGUCAAGCGCAGCGAGGCGUUCGAGGUGGACUACGCCGAGUUCUUGGAUGACGCCUUGGUCGAAGCAUUUGACCUGCGGGAGAGCUUGGAAAGAAAUGCCUCGGCCGGAUGCGCUGGAGAUGACGGAAAUGACGGAAGUGACGGAAAUGACGCCGAGACUGAGAUUGUGGCGGAGCAGGCCGACGGGACCAGUCCGGUGGCAGAUGCUGCCGCCGGGAGCAGGAAGGAAAAGAGGGAGGAUGCCACAGAGUGGUGGAUCCUCAAACCGAGCAUGAGCGACCGCGGCCAAGGCAUCCGGCUGUUCAGCACGAUGGAGCAGUUACAGGAGAUCUUUGACGGGUGGGAAGUGGAGAGCGACGAGGAAGAGGAGGACGAUGACAACAGCGAACGAGCUGACGGUGACGACUCGCAAGAUGGCUCAGCCAACACCAAGACCGACAACCAGCCCAUCAUGACCUCCCACCUCCGCCACUUUGUCGCGCAGCCCUACAUUCACCCUCCCCUGCUGCUCCCCGAGCGCAACAAUCACAAGUUCCACAUUCGCGUGUACGUCCUCUGCGUCGGCAGCCUGAAGGUCUACGUCUACCGCGACAUGCUGGCCCUUUUCGCGGCCAAACCGUACCAGGCGCCCGGGGUAUCAGAUUUGGAUGACAUCGACCUGGACGCCCACCUGACAAACACCUGCCUGCAAACCUCACAAGAUACAGCAUCAUCAUCAAACACUGACGUGCUGGCCCGAGACCUAGUCCACCGCUUCUGGUCCUUGCCCCUUGCCCAAGACCAAGCAGCGUCCAUUUUCAGCCAGAUCUGUGAUGUCACGGGCGAGCUGUUCGAGGCGGCGGCCAGGGGCAUGACGAUCCACUUCCAGCCGCUGCCCCACGCGUUUGAGGUGUACGGCUUGGACUUCCUCGUGGAUGCCAAGGGCAUUGCCUGGCUGUUGGAGGUGAAUGCCUUUCCGGACUUCAAGCAGACUGGGGAGGGGCUGACGGGGGUGGUGGGUGGAUUCUGGGAGGGGGUUGUCAGGACUGGGGUGGUGCCCUUUGCGAUGAAUUCCGAUGGGGAGGGCGUGGCGGGUGAAGGGAAGGAGGAUGGUGGUGAUGAUGGAAUGGUGCUGGUGAGGGAGGUUGACUUGGGAAGGCGGUGGGGUGAGAGGUUCACCUUGUAGGGAGUUGUUGGUUUUCUCUCUAGUCUGGCUAGCAGCUCGGCUGCUUCACAUGUGUAUGGCCUGGCGUACUGUUGGGGCUUCGGAUGACCCGGGCUACGAUCUGCCACUUACCGGAGCUGUUGCACAGAGGUGACCGCGCGGCCCGGCCUAGGCAUGAAUCAGGUAGAAUUGUCUUGGUAAACAGGCUUAGACUUGAGGAUGGGAUCGGACUUCCUGAUUCGGGUGUCGAUGCCGUGGAUUUGUCUUGGACAAAGCCCAGAGACUAAGACAGGCUGUCUACAUGUUAACAGGUAAACCGCAGAAUAUUGAAU